CUAUCUUGCAGAACUGUACACAUCUCUUAGCAAAGAAGAAUCCUCAUCAUGGCAGAAGCUACAACCACCACCAAUGCCUUGUCGGCCCGAGAGCUCGAAUGGGCUAAGAAUUCACCCGAGCUGCAAGCCAAGCACGCCGAAAUCAAUGGCCCAAUCAUUCGAACCCGCUUUCCCCCGGAACCCAAUGGAUACCUGCACAUGGGUCAUGCGAAAUCCAUCAAUAUGAACUUUUCUUUGGCUUUUGAAAAACUGGGCGUUGCACCUGAAAACCGACGCUGCAUCUUUCGAUACGACGAUACGAACCCCGAUGCCGAAUCGAAGGAAUACAUCGAUUCCUUUGUGCAUGACCUGGAGUGGCUUGGGUGGACACCCGAACGAACUACGUACAGCAGCGACAACUUUCAAAAGCUUUAUGAACUCGCUAUAAAGCUGAUCAAAGAUGGCUUGGCAUAUUGCUGUGACAUGACCAAGGCCGAAAUGGAAGCCCAACGAGAAUUGGCCAUGCAGCGUGUCCUCGCAAGAAACAAAGGAGAAGAUCCUGACGAGGUUGCUCCGAUCCCUUCGGAAGAUAUUCUUCCCGGACGAAACCGCGAUACAAGCGUCGAACGGAACCUUGACAUCUUUGAACGCAUGAAAAUGGGUUUGUACGACGAAGGAACCUGGACUCUUCGUCUCAAGAUGGACUUUGAAUCCUCCAAUCCAAACAUGUACGAUUUGGUCGCUUACCGAAUCAGAUAUACGAGCCAUCCACAUGCGGGAAAUGGCUGGUGCAUCUACCCCAACUACGAUUAUACGCACGGAAUCUGUGACUCCCUCGAGGACAUUGAUUAUUCCAUUUGCACUCUCGAGUUCGAAACCCGACGCGAACCCUAUUUCUGGAUUCUUUGGGCACUCGAUAUGUAUCGUCCGAACGUCUACGAGAUGUCUCGAUUGAAUCUCCAGUACACCGUUCUAAGUAAACGUCGCCUUCUCAAACUCGUCAACAACGGCAUUGUGCGUGGAUGGAACGACCCUCGAAUGCCCACUCUUUCGGGCUAUCGCCGAAGGGGAUUCACGGCAGAAAUCAUCAACAAGUUCUGCACCGAUCUCGGGGCUACUCGUGCCUCUAAUGUCAUCGAGAUGGAGAAAUUAUAUACGACUGCACGCGUGGCCCUCAGUGAAAAGACCCAGCGUGCCAUGGCUGCUCUUGAACCAAUCAAAGUUGUAGUGACGAAUUGGGAGGACGCAAAGGGAAAUGGAGGCGAGGGUAUGGUAUUUGAAGUACAAAACUCUCCAACGGACCCUUCUAUGGGAAGCCACACGAUUGAGCUGACUCAAACCUUGUACAUCGAUUCCUCCGAUUUCCGUCUAGUGGAUGAAUCCAGCUAUUAUGGUUUGGCACCCAACAAAGCAGUCGGUUUGAAGUAUUAUGGUGGAAACUUGAUUUGCGACGAGGUCGUUUUCAAGGAAGGGGCUAACGGCAAGGAAAAGUCUCAAAUCGUAGAAUUAAAGUGCCACUUGGACGGGUCGGACGACCGUGUCAAGCCAAAGACCUGGAUCAGCUGGGUCCCGGCCCAAACUGCAAUUCCGUGCGAGAUCCGUGUCUACAACCAUUUGUUCACCGUUCCCGAGCCGUCGGAUUUGUGGGAAGAAGAAAUCAAUCCCAAAUCAGAAAUCGUGUACGAAAAUGGUUUCAUCGAUCCGUCCGUUCUUCCACUAGUUGACAAGAAAGAUAUAAGUCUGGUCAAAUCUAACCAAGCCCUUCAGUUUGAGCGAAUGGGGUACUUUGUGGUCGACGUCGAUUCCACCUUCGAUUCCUCAACCAGAACGGGGAAGUUGGUCUUCAACCGCACCGUCACAUUGAAGGAAGAAGUUAGCAAAAAGAAGGCCACUCUCAGCAAGCGCGAAGAGGAAGCCAACGAGGCACGCAAGGCAAAGCAAAAGGCAGAUCUGGCGGCAAAGGAGGCGCGUUUGAAAAUCGACCCCAUUAACUUUUUCAAGGAAGCCGAAGAAUUCAAGGGCAAGUACUCAAAAUUCGACGACAAUGGCGUGCCUACGCACGACGCCGAGGGAAAUGAGCUCACCAAAUCCGCGAUGAAGAAAUUGAAAAAGGAGCAAGACAAGCACGUGAAGCAAUUGAAAAAAGCAAGCAUGAAAAAGUAAGAAGAAUACAGGUUGCGGAAAUAAUUCCUGUAAAAAAAUCGAAUCAUAUUAAUAGCACAGUUGAAUCAGAUUGCAUGAAUAAGGGUUGCAGUCGUUGCAGUUUCCACAAAUCAGAAGGCGCGUACCAAUAGAAACCAAUAAGAAGUAGGUGAAGCA